UGCAGAAGAGCACCACAACCGUAAUGCGACCGAACACUUUGCAUAUGAUUUAGUCCUUUCGCAGACAGACGACCGAGUGUAGUGCGAGCCAACAAAUCAAGUGAGACUCCGCCAAUAUAUAAAAUUGACUCGCGUAAAAAAUAACUAUCCAAAUAUAUAAAUAUACAAAGAAAAAAUUAAGUACUGUAUAAAAAAAAAUCAUUACUAGACUGCCAUAUAAGGUUAAAUAUUCAAAUGAAAAUAUUCAGAAAUAUUAUUAUUUAAGUAAAACGCGAAAACGUGACAAUCGAAUAGCAAAAAAAUGCUACAUUUCACAAUAAGAAGUGUGUGAAAAUGUAUUGCGAAGUUGGUAAGAAUUGAGUGCAAGUAGGUAAAAGCCGAGGGAAAUUUUCAAGGACUCGUCGGGACAAACCACAUACACACGCAUUCUAGUUAGAAAAGGUGACAAGCAGCAGCACCCUAUGUGUUCAAAAUAGUGUUAAAAAACAAAAGCAAACAAAAAAUAUAAACAGAUUUUUAUUUGUGUACAAUUUUCGUGUAUUUGCGUCCACCAGACAUACUACACAGAAGACGGCAGAGUCAGACGAAACGUAUAAGUUGCCAAAACAAAGAAAAGUGAAAGACGAAAGAACUGACUAAUUGAAAACGUGCUGUAGGCGAAAGUAGAAGUUGUGAGUGCAGUUGAUAACAAAUUAGACGACGGAAAUGCACUUCUGGAUAGACAAACGCUCACAGCAAUGUGGUUUCGGGAGAUCGAGAGUUGCAGCCUCACUCUCUGGCGCCGGCGGAUCCGGAGUGGGUCUCAGUUUUGGUCAUCCACCGCGUCGUAUAAGCGGCGGCAGUGGCAAUAAAGCGAGCAGUAGAAGCAACGUACUGCCAGACUGUCAUCACAACACUGCCGCCAGCAGCAGCAGCAGCAGUCGCAGCCAUCAAUAUCAACAGGCGCAAUUGCAACAUCACCAUCAACUGCAACAGCAACAGCACUAUGCCAAUAACAAUAAUAAUUUGAACAGCGGCAACAAUUGUCAACAACAAUCAAAUACGCACAGCAGCAAUAAUAGCAAUUAUACAGGUAAUAUAAGCACCGCCAAUGCAACAGCCUCAGGCGCCGCAAUGCAAUCGACCACAUCGGCGACGCUUAACAAUAAUCCCCACCAGUACACCUACCAGCAGACGCAUCAGCAUGGCAGUGUUCCAGUGCAGACCCAUCAUGCGUCCGGCAACAACAAUUUAAUGAACAACAACAACGCCAGCACUUCUACGUCCAUGGCUACAGCAGCCGAUGCGCGCGGCAACACACCAGCAACGCAAGAUUUUAAUCAGCGCGCGGGUGCCAUGUUGCAAAGCAACGCAAACACACCGAAUGCAACGCUAUAUCAGCAACACGUCAAUCAAUGCUAUGAUAUGCGUAGCUAUCAUCAUCCUCAGUUCGGCAAUAUGUCCGUACGACACUAUCAAUAUUCGGGCAGAAAUUGUAAUGGGCCAACGCACGCUAACUCAAAUCCCCCAACACAUGCAUAUCGUAAUGGCAAUAACAGCGGCGCAAGGACAAUAAUUGGUGCUGCUCAUUCGCAACACUUGGACCAAAUAGCAUAUCGGCAACAACAUGGUUACAGUCACUCUGCUGCAGCGUGCGCUCAAUCAAACGAGUCUAUAAUGGGCGGUUCCGCGCCUAUUUCCACUAAUACCACAAAUACAGCGAGCUACGCGGUAGCUAACACAGCGCAUCGCUAUAGUUCGGCAGCCAUAAAUAUGCGCACAAGCAACAUGACGGUAGACGCGAACGGUGGCGACGCUCAGCUGCUACCUUCACACCUUAAAUGUGGCAUGUGUGCUUCGCUAGUGCUGGCCUCCGUCUUUGUGGCGGGCGCAAAAUUUUAUUUCGACCAUCAGGGUACUGGCUUGGAAGUGUUGAUUUUUUGUGCUUUUUCUGCAACUUUCUUUUUGGCCGCCUGCACCGUAUCACUGUGUCGCGUACCAAAAGGGCUAUUGCCAAGCGGACGCAAUGCCGUAUUGGGUGCGCAACCGCAUGCUGAUGCCGAAAGCGCUAUACAUUAUACGCGUCCACCAUACGGUAGACGUGAUAUUGUGAAUGCUGAUGGUAGUAGUGAAUUAGUUGGUUCGGAUGAUAUACAGGGCGCACCAUUAUGUGGCCAGUUGCAAUUGAUUGAGGAUUCGGCUAGCGCCGGACCACCACCAUAUCAUAUAGCAAUAUACUUUCCUGAGACAGAGAGCAAUGGAAAGGGCAAAGACGCACCGAUAGAUGACGAAUCACCGCCGCCGUCCUAUGAUAAAAUACUUAUCUAAAUCUAUACAAUGCAUAGUAAUAAUAUAUGGGAAUGUAGUAGAGAGCUAAAUGUGUUUACGGCCAAAAGAGAAAAUCAGCAUUAUUGGCGCAUAGUUGAAAUCCUCAUUCACAUUUUCUCAUACUAAGAACGUAAAUACAAUUAUUCAUAUCUUUCAACAACAUGUCUUACUUCCGUUUAGUAGAUGAAAAUCGAUUUGACGUAUUGGCAAUAUAUAUAGCAACGUGGGGCUUGGAAAAUUCCAAUUUUAUUUUUAUAAUGAUUCCCUUAAUCAAAGCCUGUAUGAAAAAAAUCUUCAAACUAUUCACGCAAUGCGUAAUCUUUGUAUAAUUCUCCAUUCCGCUUCUUGGAGAGGCGAAAAUCAAAUUUAAAGAAAAUGGUCUGACAGUCGAAGACAUAAGCGAUAUACUUGUAGUAUUAUUGUUAUUCGUAACAAUUAUAAAUGAGUGCCACACCACUUUUUCAUCAACAUCAUAUUUAUAUACAUAUAAACAACUCAGAUAUAUGUACAUAUUUCCAUUCCAACUUAGCUGCUUCACGUCAUCUCUCUCUAACUACAAACUCUCUACAAUCUACAUUUUUUAUGUAUGCUCAAUAUUUUUAUAUACACUUUUUUAUUCAAACUAAACGUCUACACAAUAAUCUAUAUUAAUAUAAAUGAAUAUAUAUAUAUAUAUAUAUAUAUACGAAUGCUCACGUAGUGUAAAUAAUGAUAAGUUCACAUACAUACAUAUAUCAAACAAUAUUUAAAAUAAAAAAUUUAUUAAAAAUUAUUCGUAAAGUAAUAAGUUUGUGGAAAGAAUUAUGUACUCUGUACAUAUUAUAAGCUAAAAGCUGAAUUUAAUUCAAUUAACUGAUAUACAAAAAAUUAUGAAUUGAAUAACAUUCUACGAAAAUAUUUUUAUCAAUUGCAAUAUGUGUGUAGAUAUGUAUGUACAUACGUAUUAUAUGUAUAUACGAGUAUAUAUACAAAACAAUGCUCAAAGUGGGAUCUUGGUAGAAAUCUAUAUCUUCAUGAAAUUGAUAUUUGCCAAAUUUAUAAAAAUCAUUAAAUAUCGCAAGAAAUUAACUAGAAUUUCUAUUUAGAAAUUAAUUAUGUUUGUAAGCAUAGCUUUAAGUAAGUUGUUGGAAAAACGUCAUAUGAAUACUGCGAUUGGAAACUUUCUAUAAUUUAUAAAAAAAAGACCUGUCAUUUGGUUCUGUGAUAUGAUAUUUACGAGUAAAACAAAUAAUACAGUAAAACCUAACCCAAAUAAACAAUGUUUUUCCAAUAAACAUACAUAAAUACAUACAUAUACCUAUGUAUAAUAAUAUAAAACAAGCAUACUAUAAUAAGACAUACUUACAUACUUAUGUAUGUAGCUGCAUAACUAACUGUUAUAUUCAGUUUUCAACUGUAGGAAGACGAGCGCACAGUAAAUAACAUUAAUAUACAUAUGUAUAAUUUAUAGCAUACUAUAACAUAGUGUACUAUAAGAAUUGAACUUGAAAAAGUUUGUUUGAGAUUAAAUUAUGUUAAAAUGCAAUUAAAUAGAUGCGAGUGUAUGUAUGUAGUAUGGUAUUGAUCUGAUGCAUACGUAUAUACAGGUUAGUAAGUAUAAUACAAUAUGUAAUUACAUAAUUUAUGAUAUUUAAGAAUGUGUGGGAGCGAAAAUGUUUUAGAAAUGAGUUAUUAAUGAAUGACUUCUAUGAAGGGUCAAUAACCAAAAAAUUUUAAUUAUAAAUUCAACAAUAAAACACCUAAAUAACGAAAAAA